AAUCUUCAGGCAGGAGUGAACCACUGCUUCGGAGUGGUUUUUUCCAGCGGUCACUUGAAGCAAUCGCAAUGGCUCUCACAUUUGUCGGGGUCAUUCUGGGGAUCUUUGCCCUUGCAAAAUCUGAGUUCUCGCUGGCGGGAAAAUCUGUCUAUUUCGUCGUGGUGGACCGAUUUGCUCGUAGCGGCACACAGGCUUUGAACACGACAUAUUGUGACUUGGCGGCUGAUUGGAUCAACAACACUGGUGGUGGCUACUGCGGGGGCACGCUCAGUGGGAUCAUAGAUCGUUUGGACUACAUCGAGGGCAUGGGCUUUGAUUGCAUUUGGAUCACUCCCGUGGUUGACUCAAAUGGAUUUAUGGGAUACGACGCCGUGAACAUCUUUGAGAUCGAGCCACACUUUGGCAGCAAGGAAGACUUCAAGCGUCUGUCGCAGAAGCUCCACGAGCGUUCAAUGUGUUUAAUUCUGGAUAUCGUCCUGAACCACAUGAGGCCGUUGGUUGUCAAUGGAGAAGUGAAUUUGUCCACUAUCGUUCCUUUCAACCACGAGAGCCACUACAACCAGCGCAAUCGCAGCAACAACCAGUCCUUUGAGGAGUAUUUGAUAUCUUGGCCACCUCCGCCAUUUAAUCCAUCAGAGGAUAACCAACGGCUUCAGACUUUAAAGAUGACAGGAGAGCUGGAUUGUGGACAUCAUGUCGCAGAUCACACAGAGUGUGCUUGCUUCCCUGGCAACAUUGGCUUCAGCUGCCCAUCUCUCAUUGCUGAAGACUUCACUACAGGUUACCUUGGGGUUCUUGGCGACUUGAAUCAUAGCAAUCCCUUCGUCCGACGAACUCUCCUGACCUGGGUCCGAGAGAUGGUUCAAAAUUACAGUCUAGACGCUUUGCGGCUCGACACAGCCAUCUACCUGGACCGGGACUUUCUCCCAGAGGUACAGGAAGUAGCUGGUGUCCAGGUCCUUGGCGAAGCUACUGUCAACAAUCUGACAUUCCAAGCAUCGCUGAUGCAUGGUGAAGCUCAGAGUGGCUUGUUGGGUUUGUUGAACUUUCCGCCCUUCUACCAAUUGCCGCGCGCUUUCUGCGGCUAUCGAAUGGGCGGAGACUUUGGAGACUACUCCCUGCAAGGAACCUGGUAUGAAGAAGCUGACAUGGAGGGCCUUGGAAGUGUUCUUUCCUUGCAACUCUCCUCCAGCAUGCACUUGGGAAAUUCCAACCUUGACAUGAUGGGCAAUUUUGCCGACAAUCACGACGAGUUUAGCAGGCUGACGUACUACUGUCGUUACGAUAGUCUCAGGAUCCGGCAAGCCUUGGUCUGGGUCUUUCUGUCUCGUGGCAUACCCAUUCUGUACUACGGCACGGAGCAGGGACUGGAUGGACACCAAGGGCCUGAGAACAGCAAGGGACAAGACAAUCUACGCGAAUCGAUGUGGCACACAGGCUAUCGUACAGAUACCUGGCAAUAUCGCUUCAUACAGAGGCUGAACAAGCUGCGAAAGGACUUCGGUGUCGGUGUUGGUGAUGCAAAGAUCAGGCAGACGUCAAAGACGACUUUGGUCUUUUCCCGCGAGACAACCAAAGCUGGCACGAUUUGGGUGUUCCUCAACAAUGCUAAGAAUGCAACCGAAAAGGAAGGACAAAUUUACUGCCCGGGCCCUGGCUCUGGCCACGGGCUUCGAGGCAGAUGGUUCGAUGCCUUGUCAGGUAAACCCAUGAAUCGCUAUUUCAAGGCGGGCUGCUUUCAGGCCCCAGACCGAAAUCCCAAAGUCUUGUUUCGGGGGCGACACGUGCCCUAGACUCUUGCUUUGUGUAGAAGGCAUGCUCCAGGCAUGCUCCUUGUUGCCCUUUGCAAAGUUUUGAGACCUUGGCCCUGUGAUCGUCAAAAAUCUGAUGCUCUCGAGGCCUUUUCAAAAUUCCUUUUGCUCGUAGGAUUUAGGAUUUUUCACUCGCGGCUUCGGUUGACAGCCUGUCAAUGUUCGAA